ACUCAAACAUGUUGCAACACUGAAGCCAGAGUGGAACGUUUGACUCGUGUCACAUUUUCUACACGAGCACUUUAGCGACGCACCAGCGCGUAGUGCCUGUCGAAAUGGAAGUGAAAAAUGCAAACGCUGCUAUGCUCAGUAACUAUGAGGUGUUCAAACUCCUGACAGACCUGAAGGAACAGAGGAAGGACAGCGGGAAGAACAAACACAGCGCCGGGCAGCAGAACCUCAACACCAUCAUGUAUGAGACACUGAAGUACCUGUCGAAGACGCCCAGCAGCCGGCAGACCCCAGAGAUCGUCAAAGAGUUCCUCACCGCCAUGAUGCCUCACAAACUCACAAAGGCAGAAAAAUUGCAGCUUUUGAACCAUCGGCCGCAGACAGCAGUGGAAAUUCAGCUAAUGGUGGAGGAGAGUGAGGAGCGGCUAUCAGAGGAGCAGAUCGAGGAGCUCAUACAGAUGGUUGCAAACGUCCUACCUGGUGACCCGGAGCAGGAGAACGCUGCUCCAGCAGAGGCAGAGAUGGAACAGUCAUGACACAGACACCACCUGGAGGUGGAGAACUGGAGUAAAGGCUUGUACUACGACAGAACUGGACUGGUUGCUAUAACCUGUAUAAUUUCAAAUGGCUCAUUAAAUGAUUCACAUUAAGGUAAAUAAAUGGUUUAGUGUUUACCUCAAUACAACCAUAUCGUAUACAGCUGUCCAUUUGUAUGUUUUUUGACAGUCAUUUGCACACGGCUUGUUUUGCCCCCUGCUGGUCUAAUUUAUAUUUCACAUCAGAUUUGUUUUGGAGAUACACUCUAAUUGGUUUUAUUAGAGAUAUGUCAUGAAAAAAGAGAGCAGACGUUAUGGACCAAGUGUUUGUGAUCUCCUAACAAGGAUGCAAUAAUUUUGAAAGACAAUAUAUUCCAUCUGUAAUAAAAAGAACAGCUGAAAUAUGUCUGCAUUACUUUUCCCACUUGAGAUGACGUGUUCAGAAGGCCCCCCAAACGUUGGUUAUUAUGGCACCUAAAUGUUGAUGGAUCAGUGGUGACACGAGACGGACUGUGAUAAACUAGUGCCAAAUGAGAACUGUAAUCUAAAACCCAUUUCUAUGUCAGACGAUGGUGGUGUCACCCCCAAAGUGUCCUUUCCUUGCGUCAACCAGGUCUCUGAGCAACACUGUUGAUAGAAAAGGAACAAACCCCUCAACAAUAGUCUAUCUUUCUCUGCAGGGAUGUUUUAAGACUCAGAGGAAGGAAGUCCUAGUUAGACUUGUGAACAUAUCUGUUUUGAGUUUCCUGUUGGUGCCUCAUUUCAGUUUCCUGUCCCCACUAACCACCUUACUGAGGCAAGAUACAGAGACGGACUGCUGUCGGGACAAGUUUGUAUCAGCAACAACCAGGAGCCCCGGGCGGGUCCCAAGUAUAUUUAGGACACACCUCUGAAACCACAUGGAAGGGGUUCAGUGCCUGCCGGUCUCUUUUGCCUAUGCUUAUCAACCCAUUCACCGCCUCAAGCCUUUAGGAAAAAUUCCAUUCAAUCUUAACUGAAUGUACGUAAAUAUAUGGCUGGUUUUGGGGAAUCUUUCAUAAUCUGGCGAGGACGUCAUUAGUGUGUAUGUUGCGGACAGGUCUCAAUGUAUUAAAAAGAUUAAUUGCAGUCUAAAGUUUGUAAUUGUUGCCAACUUUAUUCCCAAGAACUAUCAAAGCCAGCAAGUGUCCAGGGGACUAAAAACCUCAGGGGCCCUAAAAGCUCAAAGUUUACUAAAUGACUGCAUGGUGUGUGCUAAUUUAUUUCAUUUUAAAUCAGUUUGGAAAUAUACAGUAGUCAAUAAAAUUUGUCAUU